AUGAGUCGUGCAUCUUUAUGUCAUUUAUUUACCAAUCAACAUAGUCUUGGAAUGUGGACUGAAUUUAUGCAAAUACAAAAUAAUGAAAGUGGACAUAAUAAUAAUGAUGAAAAUAACAAUGUAGAAACUGUAACAUUAAAUAAAAAAGGAAAUAGUCUUGGCUUAACUAUUGUACCAGGUGGUACAGCUGAAGAUGAUGAACGUCUUCAAGCUGGUGAUCAAAUAUUUUCGGUUGAUAAAAUUAUCAUCUAA